AUGGAAACGACAACGACUACGACGAACCCUCGAGGCAUACCCUCGUUCCCCUUCAUGAACAACGUCAACGACUACGUCAAGAGUCUAUCGGACGUGGAAUCCACGCUCACGCGGUUCCAGGAGAUGGUGUCCAAGUACACGUUCAUGCAGCAAAACGUCGACCGACGAGCGGCGGGUCUGAGGGAGAAACUGCCCGAGAUGAAACGGACAUUGGAAGUGGUUAGGUUUCUGAAGAAGAAGCGUGCGUCGGCAGCGGCCGCGACAGACGACGACGACGACGACGAAUUGGACGACCGGGGUCUGGACGAGUUGGAUCUGGACGGCGGAAAGAAGAAGGGCGGGGAGAUCGAGACGACCUUCUCGCUGCAGGACACGCUGUACGCCAGAGCGACCAUCAAGCCGGCCGAGAUCGACGAGGUGUACCUCUGGCUCGGGGCCAACGUCAUGGUGGCGUACCCGCUCGACGAGGCCGACGAGCUGCUGGCCGGCAAGCUCGACAAGGCCAAAGAGUCGCUCGCCGCCGCCGAGGAGGACCUCGAGUUCCUGCGCGUGCAGAUCACGACCCUCGAGGUCGCCAUCGCCAGAGUCCACAACUGGGACGUGGGCGAGAAGCGGAAGCUGCGCAGUCAGGGCGUCAAACUGGGCGACGACGAGGCCGACGAUGACGGUGGAGCCACAGGGAAAGAUUGA